AUGAACAUGUCCAAUGACUACAGUCAAGAUAUAAGAACACGUGACGUGUCAAAGAUUGACACGGCUGUAGAUGCAGCAUCAUUUUUGGUUGGUAUGGUACAAACGUAUUUAGGAAAAGAUAAACAAAAAAAAUUAGAAUCACCUGCAGGUGCAGUUCAUAUUGUUAUUAACACUAAUAGUAAUAAUCAAUUUUAUAGCAAUUCUUCAAAUGUAAAAGACAAUUAG